AUGACACCAAGCGCCGCGCGUUUGUGCUGUGUGCCUGGACCCCCUGUCAAUCCUUCGUCAUCCCGGUUCACUUUACCAGAGGCCCGCCCAAUUGUUAAAAGAACUCUUGUGAGGGUGAACCAGGAGUCACUCUGGUUCUGGAUCCGGAAACCGUUCGCAGACUCAAAUAUUCGAAAAAUCCACCCAAAAGAGCCACUUUUGCCCACACUAGUCUACCUAGGCUCCUACUCGGGAACCGCUCGAACACCCUCUAGUCAUGCGUUCUUCUCUUCUGUCCUCACUGUCUCGCUUGUCGCGGUGGCCGCUGGUUUGGCCAUUAACCGUGGCGUCGAUGUCGAUGUCGAAACUCCUAUUGAUAUCAAAGAAGCCUGCCGAGGCUUGACGAUUUGGCAUCCAGAUGGGUUCUACCGCUCCGGGACAACAGUCAGAUACCACGGCCACAUGUGGCAGUGCACUCGCUGGAACCAGGGUAAGGAGAACCCCGAAGAGUCGGAUGUCUGGCGUGACCUUGGAGCUUGCGAUCCCGACGUGAAGGACGGUCAAAUGGUCCUUAGCAAGCGAUCCGCCCCCCUCGAGGCCCGCGAUGAUGAUGACGAUGACGAUGACAAUUGUCGCGGAUUCCUUGAAUGGGAUGCCAGCGCCCUAUCCCGAUCCGGCACUACUGUCCACUAUAAGGGAGCACUGUGGCAGAACAACAAGUGGAACAAGGGUGAAGAGCCAGGUGUAUCCUCGGACUGGACUUCCAUUCGCACCUGUAAAUCGAAAAAAGUCAAGCGCUCGUGCAAUGGAUUCCCAACUUUCGUGAAGGGGGCCCUCAACCGUCCGGGUAAUACUGUUCAACACGACAAUAAAUUAUACCAGGCCAACCACUGGACCCAGACAUCGACUCCAGAUGACACUGAGGCAUGGUCUCUGCUUGGAGACUGCUAG